GUGGAAUUUGACCUUAAUAUAUAAAGGGAUUCUUCACACCUGCAUGGCCCCAUGUUCAGACAACAUCUGAGCAAAGCUGGUGAGAAGAGCAAAUUAAACCUUCCUAGGGAAUUUCACCUGCUCAAUAGGCCUAAUACUGUAGCCACUGGCGUCAACUGCACUGCAGGGAAUACAUCACAUCUCUCUAUGUGAGACAGAUGCACGUAUAUCUAUCAUUCUCUGUAGGGAUAGACAGAUGGUCAUGUACCUUUAUUUGCUAUUUUUAUCACUCUCUCUGAUACUAUGGGAUAGUAUUAAAAUGGGAAAAAGUCAGUGAUGGUUAUGAAGGAGAUUAGAGAGAUACAAUGUCAGAUAGGAAAGUCAGUAUGAAAGUUUCAGAGUUCAUUUAAAUAGCUGACAGCCAAGAAAUAAAAAUGACACAAGAUGACAAAGCGCCAGGUUUAAUUUUUAAAGCAAAAAUUUACUGAACAUUUUCUACCGAUGCCCAGGCAAAUUUCCAUCUAUGCAGAGCCCUUCUCUUCUAUGGUGACACUGAAUACACGAUGUCAAGUAACACAGAGACUGAAACAAUGUUAAUAUCAGCUUUUGCCUUUUGGCCCGGCUCUCCCGGCCGGAGCCCUGCAACCCCGCCACCCCUCUCCCCCGGCUGGAGCCCAGGGACUCCGCAACCCUGCUCUCCCGGCAGGAGCCCCGCAAUCCCAUGGCUCUGCUCCCCCAGCCGGAGCCCCGCAACACUGCUCCCCCAGCCGGAGCCCCGCAACCCCACAGUCCCGCUUCCCCAGCAGAGUGUGGCAAGUCCCGUGGCCCAGCUACUGAGGCCGGAGCCCGGCAGCCCCGCUCUCCUCACCGCAGCCCAGCUCUCGAGGCCGGAGCCCCGCAAACCCGUGGCCGCGCUCCCCCGGCCGAGUGCUGCAACUCCCACUGUCCUUCUACCCCGGCCAGAGCCCUGCCACCCCGCUCUUUUGGCCAGAGCUCCGUCACCCCGCGGUACCACUCCCCUGGCCGGAACUCUGCAACCCCACCGUCCUGCUCCCUCUGCCGGAGCCCAGGGACCCACGGCCCCUCUAUCCUGGCCGGAGCCCCGCAAGUCCCGCGGCCCCUCUAUCCCAGCCGGAGCCCUGCAACACUGCAGCACCGCUCCCCUGAGCGGAGCCCUGCAACCCCGCAGUCCCUCCAACCCAGCCGGAUCCCAGGGACCCCGGCUGGAGUGCAGCAACUCCCGCUGCCCGCCACCCAGGCCGGAGCCCCAAAGCCCCGCUCUCAAGGCCAGAGGCCCACAACCCUGCCGUCCCGCUCUCCCGGUCGGAGGGCCGCAGUCCCGCACACCUGCGGUCCCACUUUCCCGGCCAAAGGCCUGCAAACCUGCGGUGCUGCUACCCCAGCUGGAGCCCCACAACUCCCGCAGUCCCGGCCCGCCCGGAGCCCCGCAACUCCUGCGGUCCCCGGCCCGGAGCCCCGCAACUCCUGCGGUCCCCGGCCCGAGCUCAAGCCCCGCAACUCCUGCGGUCCCGGCCCGAGCUCAAGCCCUGCAAGCCCGCAGUCCCGGCCAGGAGCCCUGGCCGGAGACCAACAAACCAGCGGUCCCAGCCCGGAGCCCCAGCCUGUAGCCCCGCAACUCCUGCGGUUCGGGCCAGAGCCCCGGCCCGGAGCCCCGCAACUCCUGUGGUUCGGGCCAGACCCCCGGCCCGGAGCCCCGCAACUCCUGCAGUCCCCGGCCCGAGCUCAAGCCCCACAACUCCUGCGGUCCCGUCCCGAGCCCCGCAAUCCCUACGGUCCCCGGCCCAGAGCCCCGCAACUCCUGCGGUCCCGGGCCGAGCUCAAGCCCCGCAACUCCUGCGGUCCCAGCCAGGAGCCCUGGCCCGAGCCCCGCAACUCCUGCAGUCCCCGGCCAGGAGCCCUGGCCCAAGCCCCGCAACUCCUGUGGUCCCCGGCCCGGAGCCCCGCAACUCCUGCGGUCCCGGCCAGGAGCCCUGGCCCGAGCCCCGCAACUCCUGCGGUCCCGGCCAGGAGCCCUGGCCCGAGCCCCGCAACUCCUGCGGUCCCGGCCUGGAGCCCUGGCCCGAGCCCCGCAACUCCUGCGGUCCCCGGCCUGAGCUCAAGCCCCACAACUCCAGCGGUCCCCGGCCCGGAGCCCCGCAACUCCUGCGGUCCCCGGCCCGAGCUCAAGCCCCGCAACUCCUGAGGUCCCGGCCAGGAGCCCUGGCCCGAGCCCCACAAAUCCUGCGGUCCCCGGCCCGGAGCCCCGCAACUCCUGCGGUCCCCGCCUGAGCUCAAGCCCCACAACUCCUGCGGUCCCCGGCCCGAGC